CACGUGCGUGAUUUACGCCGAAAACACUAAAAUAAGUAAAAAUGAGUGAAGGAACGGCGACAAUUCGCACCCGGAAAUUCAUGACCAACAGGUUGUUGGCCAGGAAGCAGAUGGUGUGCGAUGUCAUCCACCCCGGCAAGCCUACCGUCAGCAAGACUGAGAUCAGGGAAAAGCUGGCUAAGAUGUACAAGGUGACGCCCGACGUCGUCUUCGUCUUUGGUUUCAAGACAAACUUCGGUGGUGGCAAAUCGACCGGAUUCGCUCUUAUCUACGACACACUGGACUUCGCCAAGAAGUUCGAGCCCAAGCACAGGCUGGCGCGCCACGGCCUGUACGAGAAGAAGCGGCCGACGCGCAAGCAGCGCAAGGAACGCAAGAAGGAUGAAGAAGUGCGAGGAACCAAGAAGUCCAAGGUCGGAGCGGCCGCCAAGAAGUGAUGUGACGGUUAGGUGUAAGUAAAUAAAAACCCAAAAAAA